CCAUCGGGACCCCCCCAGGACACCCAGGGACCCCUCCCCUACCAGGGACCCCUCCCAAGGGACACCCAGGGACCUCCCCCAUCCCGGGGACCCCACAGGAGACACCCAGGGACCCCCAAGAACCCCCCUUGAGGACACCCGGGAACCCCAGGGACCCCCUGAGACCCAUCGGGACCCCCCCAGGACCCCCAGGGACCCCUCCCCAACUAGGAACGCCUCCCUAGGGACACCCAGGGACCCCCCCCCCAUCCCAGUGACCCCCGCCAAGAGACCCCCCCCCACAUCCUGGGACCCCCCAGGAAUCCCCUGGGGUCACUCGGGAACCCCGGGGAGCCCCGGGAAGAGUCGGCAGAGCCUCAGGUGGCCCUUGGGGACACUGUGGUGGCCUUUGGGGACCUUUGUGUGACCUUUGGGGACCUGCGGGACAGCCGUGGGUGGCCCUUGGAGGCACUCAGGUGACUUGGGGACAUCUGUGUGACUUUUGGGGACCCUUGUGUGACUUGGGGACACUGAGGUGGCCUUUGUGUGACCUUUGGGGACAUUUCUGUGACCUUUGGGGACAUGUGACUUGGGGACCUUUGUGUGGCCUUUGGGCAUCCAUGGGAGAACUUUGGGUGGCCCUUGGGGACACUCAGGUGGCCUUUGGGGACCUUUGUGUGACCUUUGGGGACACUUGGGUGGCCCUUGGGGACCUCUGUGUCACUUUUAAGGACCUUAAGUGCCUUUUAGGGACUUGUGGCACCUUUGGGUGGCCUUUGGGGACACUCUGGUGACUCUCCCGUGACCUAGGGUGAUGCGUGUGACCUUCCUCUGACCUUUGGGGUCCGUUGUGUGACCUUUGGGGACACUCAUGUGAGCCUCCUGUGACCUUUGGGGACGCUUGGGUGACCCUAAAUGACCUUCAGGGACCUUUGGGGACCCUCAUGUGACCCUCCUGUGACCUUUGGGGACGCUUGUGUGACAUAUGUGACAUGUGUGACCCUAAAUGACCUUUGGUGACCCCGCUGUCGCCUUGGGGUCCCCCCCCAUGUGACAACUGCGACCCUUGGUGGGCGUGUCCCCGCGCUCGCCCCGCCACCUUUUACCACAAGGGGGCGGUACCACGCAUCUCAUUAAGCGCUGGCCACGCCCCCCACCGGCUGAGGGCGGGAACGGCGCUGAGGGCAAACAGCGCGCUGAUUGGCUGAGCCGCCGCGGCGGGAACUGCGCUGAGGGGAGCUCUGCUCCGAUUGGCCGACACACUCGCGCCCGCUGCUGUGGGCGGGACCACCUCUGAGGGCAGCGCCGCCCUGAUUGGCCGAGCCGCGAUGAGCCGCGCUGUGAUUGGCUGAGCGCUGCCGGGGCGCGCAGCUGAUUGGCUGCGCUGUGCGGCGGCGGCCGUCCCGCUGCUGGGCAUGGCGGCGGCGCUGGAGCGGGCGCUGGGCCCGGCGGCGCCGGGGCGAGGCUCGGAGGCGGCGCUGCCGCCGCUGCCGGUGCUGGUGCUGGGCCCGGCGGGCUCGGGCCGCACCUCGCUGCUGCUGCGGACGGCGCUGGCGGGCGGCGCCGACGGGCCCCGAGCGCUGUUCCUGGCGCCCAGCGCCGUCCCGCGGCUCCCGGGAGGGCCCGGCGGGCCCGGCACCGACCCGAGGGCGCUGCAGCGCCUGCAGCUGCGCUACCCCCGCUCUCGGCUGUCGCUGUGUCGCGAGCUGCUGUCGCUGUCGCUGUCCCCGUCCCCUCCUCCCUCCCUGCUGCUGCUGGACGGGCUGGAGCGCUACCUGUGCCCGUCCCCGGCUGUCCCCUCGCUGUCCCCGGCCGUCCCCUCGCGGCUGGCGGCGCUGCUGCUGGAGCUGGCGCGCGCCCCCCGCCGGUGUCCCCAAUGUCCCCGCGGUGUCCCCGCGCAGGUGGUGGCGGCGCUGCGGCUGCCGCCGCCCGGGCCGCGCGUGCUGGGGGCGCUGCUCAGGUUCUUCCCCGCGCGGUGUCACCUGAGGCCGGACAGCGCGGGGGACACGGCAGGGGACAGCGACAGACGGCACCGCCACGUGCGGGUGACGCUGCGGUGCCCCGGGAGCGCCACGCGGAGGUGGCGGCUGCGCCUUGGGGACAGCGGGGACGGUGACAGCGACAGCGGUGGGGACAGCGAUGGGGACGGAGAGGGUGACAGCGAUUGGGACAGCCCUGGGGACAACGAUGGGGACAGUGAUGGGGACAACGAUGGGGACAGUGGCAGCGAGGAGGAGGAGUGGAUGUGACACGGCCACCUCAGAGGGACACGGACUCAGUGUCACCACCCCACCUGUGAUAGAGACUCAAUGUCACCUUUCCAUUGGUGACAAGGUGACACGGACCUGAUGUCACCCCCCCAUUGGUGACAAGGUGACACGGACCCAAUGUCACCCCCUCUGCCAGUGACAAGGACGCAAUGUCACCCCCCAUUGGUGACACGGCCACCCUAGGGGUGACACAGACCCGAUGU